CUUCGCUUGCGUGUUGUCUGUGACAAUACAUGUACAACUGCUAAGCACGCGUUACUGAGCUGCCACGUCGUGUUUUCAAAUGGUAUAAGAGCCCGAAUCCAGCGUGGCGUGGUUCAAUUUGUUAGUCUAUAUAUGCACCUUUUAGUAACUCUAUUAGCCAUUUUACUAUCUUAAAAACUGCCACAAACAAUAUUGUUGGAACUAAGUCUUAUCGAGAGUACCAAUUAUGACGCGGCUGCUCAUUGUUUUGCUUUUUGUAUGCGGUGUUUCACGGACAAUGGCAUCAUGUCCAGAAGAUCAAGAACCUCAAUUUUGUCAGAGUAAUAAUAAUAUUCCGCAACUAUAUUGUGGCACGGUUGAUCAAGAAAAUGAGUGGUUGUGCAGAAAGAGAAGCUAUGGAAAGUGUGCGUGUAAAGCUGGCCUCUACAGAAGAAAAGAUCGCAAGUGUGUACCCAAGGAGGAGUGUGGUGCCAAUGAAAAAAGUACACCGAAGCCUGAAAUACCCACUACAACAGGGCCUUAUGGAGACCUUGAAAUCCCUGAGGAACUUCAGGGUAAUUUGCAAGAUAUCUACAACAAAGUUCUAAACUUUGUCCAAACAAAGCAAACCAUUUACGCCCUUUGGAUUGUAAAAAAUACCUUGCCUUAUAAUAUUCGCAACCUUUGUGCAUGCUUAAAAUCCAAGUACAUAGAAAACACGGCGAGUGGAGCUCUACGAUCACUGGAAUGUUACGAGGAUAAGCAGGAAAUAACGAAUACGCAGCUCACAAGAGGAGUUGAAGUAGAGUUCGAGUUGUUUUAUGAGUACUACCGUUUGGUUAUUGCUCUGAAUCUUGAUCCACGAGAACAAUCAACGGCACGACCUGAGCCAGACUUGCGCGACAAAUUCUAUAUUAUGGACGUCACAGACGAUUGUUUACUUGUAAACUAUGGCAAAGGAGGCUAUGAUAGGAAGUGCAUAUUGUGGGGCGCUGACGCCAAGACCAUCAGCACAACACGCUGUUAUAAAACAAUGAAGGAAGCGUGCUCACAAGACAUGGAAGAGUUAUGGGGAGAACGUGGUUCGUGUGUGGAUCAUGAUAAAUAGAAAGCAAAGUAGUGGUGUUGCGAACGAAAAACUGUGGCAAAUAGAGAACAAGGGCUGCAUCAGGCGUCACACAGAAACAGCAAGAAGAGAUGCAGCAGCACAACCACUGCUCGAAGUGUCUUUCUCACUGCCACGUGUAACAAACGCAUUUUCAAACAAUUUUGAAUGCAUUUAAAGUGAAUAUAUCACUUUUAUCCUA